CGCGUCAGCCGCAAAGGCUUCUGGGAGAAUUUUGCUGCGUUGGAGACAUUUUGGAUUUAAAGGGGCUGAGCUGAGCUAGCUGUCGCUCCUAGCUCUCGGUUUCCUUGAGCUUUAAAGAAGAUGUCGACCAUGGUGUACCCGCGGGAGGAGAAGCUCGAGAAGCUCUCUCAGGAGGAGAUCAUCUCCAACACCAAGCUGGUGAUCCAGGGUCUGGAGGCCCUGAAGAAUGAGCACAACUCCAUCCUCCACAGCCUGCUGGAGACCAUAAAGUGCCUAAAGAAGGACGAAGAGGCCAACCUGGUCCACGAGAAGUCCAAUCUGCUCCGCAAGUCAGUGGAGAUGAUUGAGCUGGGCCUGGGAGAAGCACAGGUGAUGAUGGCCCUGUCCAACCACCUGAACGCUGUGGAGUCUGAGAAGCAGAAGCUGCGGGCGCAGGUGAGGAGGCUCUGCCAGGAGAACCAGUGGCUGCGCGACGAGCUGGCCAACACCCAGCAGAAGCUGCAGAAGAGCGAGCAGAACGUGGCCCAGCUGGAGGAYGAGAAGAAGCACCUGGAGUUCAUGAACCAGCUCAAAAAGUAUGACGAAGACGUCUCACCCACCCAGGAGGAGAAGGACAAAGAGACACCGAAGGACAACCUGGACGACCUGUUUCCCAAUGAUGAAGAGGAGCAGGGUCAAGGAAUGCAGCACCAACACAACAGUGCGGCUGUAGCUGCGGCCCAGCAGGGCGGCUACGAGAUCCCGGCUCGCCUCAGAACCCUGCACAACCUGGUGAUCCAGUACGCCUCACAGGGCAGGUACGAGGUGGCGGUGCCCCUCUGCAAYCAGGCCUUGGAGGACCUGGAGAAGACCUCCGGACACGACCACCCUGACGUUGCCACCAUGCUUAACAUUCUGGCCCUGGUCUAUAGGGAUCAAAACAAAUACAAAGAGGCGGCUCAUCUGCUCAACGAUGCGCUCUCCAUCCGUGAGAAAACCCUGGGCAAAGACCAUCCAGCUGUCGCUGCGACACUCAACAACUUGGCUGUUCUGUUCGGAAAGAGGGGGAAGUACAAAGAAGCCGAGCCUCUGUGUAAGAGGGCUCUGGAGAUCAGAGAAAAGGUUCUGGGGAAGGACCACCCAGAUGUGGCCAAGCAGCUGAACAACCUGGCCCUCCUGUGCCAGAACCAGGGCAAAUACGAAGAGGUGGAGUACUACUACUGCCGCGCCCUGGAGAUCUACGAGUGCCGGCUGGGCCCGGACGAUCCCAACGUGGCCAAAACCAAGAAUAACCUGGCCUCCUGCUUUCUGAAACAGGGCAAAUACAAGGAGGCUGAGAUCCUGUACAAAGAGAUUCUGACCCGUGCUCACGAGAAGGAGUUUGGAUCUGUGGAUGCUGAGAACAAACCCAUCUGGAUGCACGCAGAGGAGCGUGAGGAGAUGAGCAAGGGCAAACACAGAGACAACACCCCGUAUGGAGAGUACGGUGGCUGGUAUAAGGCCUGCAAAGUCAACAGCCCGACAGUCAACACCACCCUGAGGAACCUGGGCGCCCUGUACCGCCGGCAGGGCAAACUAGAGGCCGCUGAGACCCUGGAGGAGUGCGCUGUGAGGUCUCGCAAGCAGAGCAACACAGGCAUCGAUCCCAUCCACCAAACACGCGUGGUGGAGCUCCUGAAAGACACGGAGGGAGAGCGGCGGAGGAGCAGGGACAGCCUGACCAGCGUUAAGUACGAGAGRGGCUCUGAGACCGGCGAGGAAGUGAGUAUGGGCGUGGAGUGGAACGGGGACGGRAGUGGAGCUCUGCAGCGCAGCGGCUCUCUGGGGAAACUCCGAGACGUCUUACGCCGCAGCAGCGAGCUGCUGGUGAAGAAACUUCAGGGCAACGGACCGCCAGAACCUCGCAGCACAAACAUGAAGAGAGCCGCCUCCUUGAACUACCUGAACAAAACAAGCGACGACUCAUUCCAGACUCGAGAAGGCGGUAACUUCAGAGUCAGCCGGGGUCUGAGCUCCAGCACCSUGGACCUUUACACCGGAAACUGAGCCGCGCGCAGGAGACUGAAGCACCCACCAAGAUGGCCGACCGCACGGCGUCUGAUCCGAACACAAACAUCGUCAGAGUCAGAGACUUCCUGCUGAAACCUCUCAGAGCUCACCUGUGCCGGUUCAUCUCUUCAUUUCAACUUUGACCUGUGAUUUCUCAUGUUUAUGACUCCUAAAUGUGCCAUUUGUUUGUUAGGACGUGAAAAUAAACAAGUAGAUUUUUAUAUCUUUAAAUAGAAAAGGUGCCAUGUUGGGUUGGGAACUCGUCCCGCCUGYUGAGAUUAUUAUUUUUGCAUUAAUYUAAAACUGAUAAAGCUUUGGGGAAACAGGGUGAAAUGUUUAUUCAGCUGACACGUUUUUAAGUCACGUGACUUUUUUUAUUAUUUUAAAUUUACCUGUAAAAAGCUGCUACUUCAACCUUUACUGCUUAUAUUGAAAAGUUUCUCUCCUCAGUUUAAGUUUCACCACAGUGGAAUAAAAGUCCCAAAACACUCGAGGCUUUUUGGACCCGGAGCCUAAAUAUAGAUAUAUUGAUAGAUAUAUAGAUUUUAUUGCAUCGUGAUGAAAUACGAAGCUGGAACUGCAGGAUUUAAGCUCGACUGCAUCGUACUUUAUAUGAUUUYUUUGCACAACUCUCAGGUGAUUGAAGCAUUUUAGUCUCUGAAGAACUGGAAUGUUGUGUAAUGAUUUUAAUUCUGCGUUUUGCUUUCAUUUCGUAUUUGUAGGAAAUGUGAACUGUUGUGGGAUCUUAGGUUUACGAAUCAUAGACUUGAUCAGGACCCUGACUUUAAUGUGCUUCUAUUUAGACUUUAUUUUCUCAUGAAAUAACUAAAGGCUGGUGUCACUUUCUCUUAUGUGGAUUCUUGAAUAAAAGUAAUUUCUAUUAUUGA